AUGAGCGAAACAAUAUUGUUUAUAGAAGAUUUGAGACCAAAUUAUGAAACAUCAUCAAUAUGCAGAAUAUGCCAUGAAGAAGAAGAGUUUGAAAGCUGUAAGAGCUUAGAGACUCCCUGUGCUUGUUCUGGCUCUCUUAAGUUUGCACACAGAGACUGUGUACAGAGAUGGUGCUACGAAAAGGGCGACACCAUUUGUGAAAUUUGCUUGCAGAAAUUUGAACCUGGGUACAAAUCUCCACCUAAGAAAACCCACCAAAUUGAAACAACGGUCACCAUAAGGGAAAGUUUGGAAGUGCCAAGAAAUGAAGAAGAGGAAGAAAACAGAGGACAAAUUCUUGAAACAGAGGAUUAUGAGUCUGAGUGUGCAUCUGAAGCUGAUAAAAGUGCUGCUUGUUGUAGAUCAGUGGCUCUAAUUUUAACUGCUCUGCUUCUUGCUAGACAUUUGUUUGCCGUUGUUAUUGGAGGAGAAGAGACUUACCCUUUAUCACUUCUUACAGUGAUUAUAGUUAAGGCAAGUGGCAUUAUCCUCCCAAUGUACAUAUUAAUUCGUAUUUCAGCACUACUGCAUAACAGCAUCAGGCAUCAUCAUCACCAGAAUUCUGAUUCGGAGUCCGAUGAUGAAGAUGAAGAUGAAGAGCAACAUAAUGACGAGUUACGAGCCUGA